AUCUACGCACCGGAUGGUGGCAUAACUAGUACGAAUGCCAUCGUCAUACGUCCACCAAGUUCGCCUCUCACCCCCACCCAUUCUCUACCAAUAUGACCGUAAUCUCAAAUGAUCCCACUUGGUGGCCGAUCAUCGAUGCAUAUCGUUUUGGCAGCUAUUUUAUAGUUGCCGCGUGUGUUUCAGUGGCGUAUGAUUGGGCACUUAUAUUUGGACAAGAGGUGGAACUGAUCUGGAGACGACACUGGUCCCUAAUGACAGUGAUGUAUCUCGGUGUGCGUUACCUUGGAAUCUUAUACGCUGCCCUGUACAUCAUGUUCAGACAAUGUUCCGGCCAUCUCGCUGACAGAUACAGUGAGUCUUCUGCACAGAUGCCUAUUGCUAUUCCCCUCCAAUUAACCGUGGUGCCCUGUAGCAUUGUGAGCUUUAUUGUGUUCGUCGUAUUGGAUUGGACGGGUGUUUUGGUAACUCCGAUGCUGUGGGUCAUCAUCAUCGCUCGGCUGUAUGCCAUGUAUCAAGGAUCCAGAAAUAUCCUGAUAUAUCUCAUUGUCGUCUUCCUGGCUGUCAACAUUUUUAGCGGAGUGGCCAAUGUAAUAACGACAAUGCAGGCUUCAGGGGAGGAACUCAUUCUCUCCGGCACUCAUCACUGCUUGAUUAGCUAUGGGGAAGAUAUGCCACUACUAGUUUCCAUCACUUGGAUACUCGUAACUGUGUGGGAGGUCCUUGCACUAUGUCUCGCGGUUCGGAUUGCGGUAAAACACUUCCGUGAACUGCGACAACAUUCGGCAGGAGGGAUUAUCGAAGACUGUUUCACGGUGCUGAUCAAAACUCACGUGCUUUACUUUGCGAGCUUUGUUGCUGUUUCUUGCUUUCAUCUCAUUCUUGCGUUCUCUCCAACAUUCUCAGCGAGCAUUUCCCUGGAUGCGCAGAUUAUGAUUGGGUUUCUCCAGAAUUUGCAGGUCGUGCAGAUGUUUGUGUUGGGACCGCGCCUGAUCCUUGGUGUUCGGGAAUACCACGCCAAGCUCGUGGCCGAUUCUGACGUAGCAACUGGUAUGGCCUCUAUCGCUUUCCAGGAGCGUGUGCAAAUAUCUACGGGCAGUGGUGUGUGA